AUGGGACAUCCGAGGGUGACGAAAGUCGCGACGAUCGCGAUCGUCCUCCUAGCUUGCUACUUUUCCAAAUCCCAUGGGAUUUUCCAUGGAAACGAUCGAGGGAAGUCGAUCGAGAGGAGGCCACGAACGGCAGGUAUAGCCGACGAGUCCAUCAGUAGAAUUUUCCGAAUUAUCUCGACCGGGGCGUCGAAUGAAAAGGAUGACGAACAGCUGGUGAAGCUCGUCAAAGAAGAAAUCGUACGAACGGCUCAGAGCAUCAAAAUGCCAUCAGGAUCCAUCGAAGCCGCCGCUAGAAGAGCUCAGAAAUUAGUCAUCGAAUUAACUGCGGCUUAUACCACCGCCAUUUACAAAUCAAAAUCCACCGAGGAGGCCAGAUUUAAUUUCAUGCGUUUCCAAAACUCUGUGCAACAGAUCGUUGAUUUUAUUAAGAGCGGACAGUUUGUUGUGUAA